AUGGCUACUACAAUCAAUACGACUUCAGAUGAGAUUGCUGGGAUCACAAUUCAGCGUCUCAACCAGGUGAUCGCUAGAGGCAUACCCUCUGAACUAGAGGAGGUAGUCGAUUGCACAAAAACUACUCUUGGAAACAUAUCUCCUCUUCUACAAAGUUUCACGGACAACCCGAACGCCAGUCGCUGUCUUAAGGGUGUCGAAGAUUUAAUGCUGAGCUACAAAGCUGCACAUAUCAUCAUUGGCUUGGUGGGUGAGACGGGUUCUGGCAAGAGCAGUCUCAUCAAUGCGUUAAUCGGUGAAAAGAAGAUUGUUCCCACCAACUGCAUGCGCGCUUGCACUGCAGUCUCGACAGAAAUAUCAUGGAACGAGUCAGAGCUGCCCGAAGAGCGCUAUCAAGCCGAGAUUGAAUUCAUCACACGGGAAGAGUGGCGCGCCGAGCUGGGUCAUCUAUUCAGCGAUCUCUCAGACAGUAACAGUAGCACCUUUACGACUAACAACAAGGAUUCCGAUGCUGGUGUAGCUUGGGCUAAGAUCAAGUCAAUAUAUCCUCUACUGGAACUGGAGGCGCUCACCAAGACUAACGAGAGCUGUCUCGCCCGCGACGCUUCGAUUCGAGGACUGUUGGGCUCCACUGAGAAGAUCUAUGCCCCUUCGGCAGACCUGUUAUAUAAACGGGUUCAUCAGUACAUCGAUAGCAAGGAGAAGAACUCGGACUCUCGAGAAAGCUCUGGUCCUUCGGAGCUUUGGCCGCUUAUUAAAGUGGUAAGAAUAUUUCUGAAGUCUGAGAUUCUGAGGAAUGGUAUAGUUUUGGUUGAUUUGCCUGGAGUUGGAGACUCGAACGCGGCUCGAGCAACCGUUGCUGACAAGUAUCUUGAAAAAUGCAACGGCAUCUGGGUUGUCGCGCCCAUCAUCAGAGCCGUCGACAACAAGGCAGCACAGCAUCUGCUUGGAGAAACUUUCAAGAUGCAGUUGAAGUUUGACGGUGGCUUCUCUAUAGUGUCUUUCGUGUGUUCUCGAACAGAUGAAAUUCUAAUUGAGGAGGCUGUAGAGAGCCUCAAGAACAGAUGCGAGAAUCUUGACAGCGAGUACAGAGAUUUACUAGCGCUCAAGGACAGAGUAGAUGUCGAAGUCCCCGCGAAGAUAGCUGAGAUUGAACAGCUUAGAGAUACAAUAACUAAGGCGUCAAAAGAAGCGUCUUCCCUUAACAAGAAACUUCAAGUUUGGCAGACACUGGCCACCAAGCAGGCGCAGGGGCAUCCGGUAUCUGCCCCGCUGACCGAGGGAAGCAAGCGAAAAUGCACAACUCAAAGUUCGCAAUCUAGCAAAAGACGUCGAUCACAGCAUAUUAUCAUUGAUUUAACCGAUGACGAAGAUGAGGAUGCCAAUGCGUCGGGGAACGGGAGGUCACUGUCUGCUGAGGAGAUUCAAACGAUGCUAUCUCGACUGGCGGUUGAGAAUAUUGGCAUCAAGAAGAACAUCCGAGAACUCAAAGCCCGCAUCAUCACUAUCGACGACGAUGCUCAGGCUUUAGAGGAUAAGUGCAAGGAAUCGGAAAGUAAUCUUCUGUCUCGGUGCAUUACGGAGCGGAACAAGUACUCGCGAACGGAUAUCCAGAAUCACUUCGCUCAAGGUAUCGAACUGCUUGAUCAAGAGACGGCCAUACGAGAAAAUGCCGAAAACUUCGAUCACAACCACCGAAUACGCGAUUAUAAGCAGAUUGCCGAUUCCCUGCCCGUGUUUUGCGUCAGUAGCCGAGCUUACCAGGCGAAAAUGUACCCUACCAAGGCGGAUGCUGAAUUCGCAGGGUUUGUCGAUUUUGACCAGACUGAGAUACCUCAGCUCAAGGCGCACGCACAAAGAAUGACUGAACUUGGCCGGGUCGCUGCUUGCACAAAGUUCCUCAGUAGCUGUCUCCGAGUCUUCCAGAGCUUGAGGGCAUGGCUGGACGUCAAGGAUCUGGACGUCUCGAUCUCUGAAGCUGAAGCCGCAAGGGAAAUACAGAUCGUGAAAGAUUGCAUUCUCGAGCUGGAGAAGACACUUGAUUCUGCCGCCAAAAAGAGUGUUGUUGACUGCCGGGACAUCUUCCGCAAACAGCUUUACAGAGGUUUUGAUAUCGCUGUGAAGAAGGCUUCUCUGUCUGUCUCUGACAUCGCAAGCGGUUGGGGUACACCAAAAGACGAAGGCGGUCUAUACCACUGGGCCACGUACGGGGCCGUCUGUCGUCGCGGCGGCAUAUACGCUCGGAAAGGGCAAGACAAGAUCGAUUUCAACGAAAAUCUGGUGAAACCUUUCAAGGUGUUGAUAGCCGAUGCAUGGGAAGCCACCUUCUCCCGUGACUUACCUCGAAUCCUGAAUGACUUCUAUCUAACGACCAAAAUCGCGAUCGAAGGUUUCCAUGGGAGAAUUCGAUCUGAUGUGCAGCACAAGGGAACAGCCAAUCGCAUCGACAUGCUUCGGCCUCAGCUGAUGAUGCACAUCGAAGCCAUAAAAAGUAGUCAGGCUGAGUUUGGCCAAAAUAUCGACGGUUGGCAGCGAGAGGCUAAUCGCGAACUUACCCCUGGCAUAAAGCAGGCCAUGGCAAAUGCUUGGUCAAGCUGCAAACAGGAGAAGGGUCGAGGAUCUAUCGCGCGCAUGAGAGAUAUCGUUUGCGAGCAGGUGCAACGAAACCAGAAGACCAUGUUUGAAAAGUCUUCAAAGCUGGCCAAGAAGCAUUUGGAUAUAAUGUAA